GUUACUCAUGUCUUCGCCAUUGCUAAGAACGUCUUUGGUAUUACCGCAGUGUGAAAACUUGUCUGCAGUUUCCCGAAAAUGGAGCAUCUCAACGUGACUUAAAGCACCCUGCUUUAAGUGUUGCUGGCGAGCGGCAUUGGCCUUAUGAUUUAUUUAGGAAUGCUUUAUCAGGAGGAGAAUGCUCUUUUGUAAACAUGAAUUGCCUGGCUUUUUCUCUAGGCUUCGGCCUCUGUUUUCACUUCAUUGAAACAUUGAUCUUCGCCUAUUUUGCUUCCGUAUGGUUGGCCGACUCACAGGGUCUUUUUCCAAGGCUGGAGAAUGUGGGGGCUUUCAAGAAUGUUUCUGUCGUGCCAGCCCAAGCGACGUGUGGACUCCCAGCCAGAACCACUUUUUGUCACAGCUCUGCAGCUGCUGCAAGGGUUCAGUUUUGCACCCAGCGGCUCUGCAUCCAGGAUUGCCCAUACAGAUCUUCACCUCCUGCCUACACUGCACUUUUUUCUGAAGGCCUCAGGAACUGCAUCACAGUAGACAAGCGUGAUCUGUGUCCCAACUCCCGUAGCAAUUCCACAAGUUUAAUUUUCGGAAAUCACAAGAAUUGCUCUUCUUCUCCUCCCUCUCGGAGGCUGUCGGCAUCAUUUACUUUAGCUGUGUGGUUGAAACCUGAGCAGGAAGGUGUAAUGUGUGUUAUAGAAAAGACAGUGGAUGGGCAAAUUGUGUUCAAACUCACAAUAUCUGAGAAAGAGACCAUGUUUUAUUAUCGCACAGUAAAUGGUUUGCAGCCUCCAAUAAAAGUAAUGACACUGGGGAGAAUUCUUGUGAAGAAAUGGAUUCAUCUUAGUGUGCAGGUACAUCAGACAAAAAUCAGCUUCUUUGUCAAUGGUUUGGAGGAAGAUCAUACAGCUUUUGAUGCAAGAACUCUAAGUGGUUCAAUUACAGAUUUUGACUCUGGUACUAUGCAAAUAGGACAGAGUUUAAAUGGUUUAGAGCAAUUUGUUGGGAGAAUGCAAGAUUUUAGAUUAUACCAAGUGGCGCUUACAAACAGAGAGAUUCUGGAAGUCUUUUCUGGAGAUCUGCUCAGAUUGCAUAUCCAGGCUCAUUGCCGCUGUCCCGGAAGCCACCCUCGGGUCCACCCCUUGGCACAGCGGUUCUGCAUUCCUAAUGAUGCAGAAGACACAACCAAUAAUAGGGUGUUACGGCUGAAUCCCGAAGCCCAUCCUCUUUCCUUUAUCAAUGAUAAUGAUGUUGGUACUUCGUGGAUCUCACAUGUGUUUACAAAUGUUACCCAGCUUAAUCAAGGAGUGACUAUUUCCAUAGAUCUGGAAAAUGGACAAUAUCAGAUAUUUUAUAUCAUCAUUCAGUUCUUUAGUCCACAACCAACAGCAAUAAGGAUUCAAAGGAAGAAGGAGGGCCACUUAGAUUGGGAGGACUGGCAAUAUUUUGCUAGAAAUUGCAGUACUUUUGGAAUGAAAAACAAUGGCCAUUUGGAAAAUCCUGAUUCUGUCAACUGUCUUCAGCUUUCCAAUUUCACUCCAUAUUCCCGUGGUAAUGUCACAUUUAGCAUCCUAACACCAGGUCCAAAUCAUCGUCCUGGAUACAAUAACUUCUAUAAUACCCCAUCUCUUCAAGAAUUUGUAAAAGCCACACAAGUAAGACUUCAUUUCCAUGGACAGUACUAUACAACUGAGACUCCUGUCAGCUCUGGGCACAGAUACUAUGCAGUUGGUGAAAUCACCAUCAGUGGAAGAUGUCAGUGCUACGGCCAUGCGCUUAGCUGUGACUCAGCAAGUCAGCCUUACCGAUGCCUCUGCUCCCAGGAGAGCUUCACAGACGGCCUUCAUUGUGAUCGCUGCUUGCCUCUCUAUAAUGACAAGCCUUUCCGCCAAGGUGAUCAAGUUCGUGCUUUCAAUUGUAAACCUUGUCGAUGCAACAGCCAUUCCAGAAGCUGCCACUACAACAUCUCAGUGGACCCAUUUCCAUUUGAGCACCGCAGAGGGGGUGGAGGAGUUUGUGAUGACUGUGACCAUAACACUACAGGAAGGAACUGUGAGCUGUGUAAGGAUUACUUUUUCCGACAAGUUGGUGCAGAUCCUUCAGCCAAAGAUGUUUGCAAACCCUGUGAUUGUGAUAAAGUCGGCACUAGAAACAGUGGCCUCCUUUGUGAUCAGAUUGGAGGCCAGUGUAAUUGUAAGAGACAUGUGUCUGGCAGACGGUGCAAUCAGUGCCAGAAUGGAUUCUACAAUCUACAAGAGCUGGAUCCUGAUGGCUGCAGUCCUUGCAACUGCAAUACCUCUGGGACAGUGAAUGGAGAUAUUACCUGUCACCCAGACUCAGGCCAGUGCAAGUGCAAAGCUAACGUUAUUGGGCUUAGAUGCAAUCACUGCAGUUUUGGAUUUAAAUUUCUCCGAAGUUUUAAUGUUAACGGAUGUGAGCCCUGCCUGUGUAACCUCCACGGCUCAGUGAGCAAACUCUGCAAUCCUCUCUCUGGGCAGUGUGAGUGCAGAAAAGAAGCCAAAGGACUUCACUGUGACACCUGCAGAGAACACUUUUACGGGCUGGACAUCACUGGUUGCAAGGCCUGCGACUGCAACACAGCUGGGUCCCUCUCUGGGACCAUCUGCGAUGCCUGGACAGGGCAGUGUGUCUGUAAACCCCGUGUUGGAGGGAGACAGUGCAACGAAUGUUUGGAGGGGUACUUUUACCUCCAGCAAAAUAAAUCUUUUCUCUGUCUUCCUUGUAACUGUGAUAAGACUGGGACAGUAAAUGGCUCUCUGCUGUGUGACCAAUCAACAGGACAAUGUCCUUGCAAAUUAGGAGUAACAGGUCUUCACUGUAAUCAGUGUGAGCCUCACAGGUACAAUUUGACCACUGGCAAUUUUCAAGGCUGCCAGAUGUGUGAGUGUGACUCCAUGGGGACAUUCCCUGGGACCAUUUGUGACCCAAUCAGUGGCCAGUGCCUAUGUUUGCCUAAUCGUCAGGGGAGAAGGUGUAAUCAGUGUCAACCAGGUUUUUAUACUUCCCCAGGCAAUGCUACUGGGUGCCUGCCAUGUUCAUGUCAUGCAACUGGGGCAGUGAAUCACAUCUGUAAUAGCCUCACUGGUCAGUGUGUUUGCCAAGAUGCCUCCAUCACUGGUCAAAGUUGUGAUCAUUGUGAAGACCUGUACUUUGGAUUUGAUCCUCGGACUGGAAGAUGUCAGCCUUGCAAUUGUCAUGUCUCAGGAGCCCUGAAUGAAACCUGUCACUUGGUCACAGGCCAGUGUUUCUGCAAACGAUUUGUCACUGGCUCCAAGUGUGAUGUUUGUGUUCCCGGCGCAAGCCAUUUGGAUGUCAACAAUCUCUUGGGCUGCAGCAAAACACCAUCCCAGCAACCCCCACCCAGAGGACAAGUUCAAAGUUCUUCUGCUAUCAAUCUCUCCUGGAGUCCACCUGAUUCUCCAAAUGCCCACUGGCUGACUUACAGUUUGUUCAGGGAUGGUUUUGAAAUCUACACAACUGAAGAUCAAUACCCAUACAAAAUUCAGUACUUCUCAGACAUGGCCCUGUCACCAUAUACCUCAUAUUCCUAUUACAUCGAGAGUACUCAUGUGCAUGGUUCAACAAGGAGUGCACCUGUCAUUUACAGGACUAAACCAGGGGUCCCAGAGGGAAACUUGAACUUAAGUUAUAUCAUUCCUAUUAGCCCAGACUUUGUGAGACUUACUUGGACUGCACCUUCAAAUCGUUCGGGUCCUAUAGAGAAAUAUAUUUUGUCCUGUGCCCCUUUACAUGGCAUCCAGCCGUGUGCAACCUACGAAGGCCAUGAAACCUCAGCUGCCAUCUGGAAUCUGGUUGCAUUCACUGAGUACCGUUUUUCUGUACAGGCAUGUACUAGUGGGGGCUGCUUACACAGCUUGCCCCUUACAGUGACCACAGCCCAGGCACCACCACGAAGGCUGGGCCCACCCGAGGUGCGGAAGAUCAGUUCCACAGAGCUCCAUGUAGAAUGGUCUCCACCAGUGGAACCCAAUGGAAUUAUUAUAAGAUAUGAACUAUAUAUGAGGCAACUGAGAUAUCAUGGAGAAACCGUGUCAGGAGAAAGUCAAGUUUUUCAGAGCAGUGGCUGGCUCAGUCCUCACGCAUUUGCAGAAUCGGCCAAUGAAAAUGCAUUAAAACCUCCUCAAACCACCACAACCAUCACUGGCCUGGAGCCUUUUACCAAGUACGAGUUUAGAGUCUUAGCUGUGAACGUGGCUGGCAGUGUGUCUUCUGCCUGGACUUCAGAAAGAACGGGAGAAUCAGCACCCAUGUUCAUGAUCCCUCCUUCAGUCUUUGCUCUCUCACCGUAUGCUCUCAAUGUUUCCUGGGAGAAGCCAGCAGACAAUGUUACACGUGGAAAUGUUGUGCGCUAUAACAUCAACAUGAUUUCUGAACAAUUGCCUCAACAAUCUAUUCCAGUGGUGUUUUCACAGGUGUUAUACACUGCUAAAUCCCAAGAAUUGUCUUAUAUUGUAAAAGGACUUAAACCUUAUAGAAUAUACAACUUUACUAUUUCCCUCUGCAAUUCAAUUGGUUGUGUAACCAGUGCUUCGGGAGCAGGACAGACAUUAGCAGCUGCACCAGCCCAGCUGAGGCCUCCUGUGGUUGAAGGAAUCAACAGCACGACCAUCCUUCUUAGGUGGCUUGCACCUGAGGACCUGAACGGACCCUCUCCUAUUUAUCAGCUGGAAAGGAGAGAGGCAUCUCUGCCGGCUCCAAGCGCCAUGAUGGUGAAAGGAAUUCGUUUCACAGGGAAUGGAUAUUACAGAUUUCCCAGCUCUGCUCACCCAGUCAAUGCAGACUUUACUGGCAUUAGGGCCAGCUUUCGAACAAGAGUGCCUGAAGGUUUGAUUGUCUUUGCAGCAUCACCUGGCAGUCAGGAAGAGUAUUUUGCACUUCAGUUGAAGAAUGGACGUCCUUAUUUUCUCUUCGAUCCUCAGGGGUCUUCAGUGGAAGUUACCACAACCAAUGAUGAUAGUAAACGCUAUAGCGACGGUGAAUGGCAUGAAAUAAUUGCUAUCAGGCAUCAGGCUUUCGGCCAAAUCACACUUGAUGGGCAGUUCACAGGUGCCUCGGCCGCCCUGAAUGGCAGCACGAUCAUUGGAGAGAGCACAGGGGUGUUUGUGGGAGGGCUGCCCCAGGGAUAUUCCAUCCUCAGGAAGGAUCCCGAUAUAAUCCAAAAGGGUUUUGUGGGCUGUCUCAAGGAUGUGUAUUUUAUGAAGCAAUACAAUCCCUUUGUUAUUUGGGAGCCUCUGGUUUGGCAGAGCUCUGAAGAGCAAACCAACGUGUAUAACAACUGGGAGGGAUGUCCCAGUUCAUUACAAGAGGGAGUCCAGUUCCUAGGAACAGGGUUCCUGGAACUUCAUCCAUAUGUGUUUCAUGGUGGACUGGACUUUGAGAUUUCCCUUAAAUUCAGAACUGACCGAUUAAAUGGGUUGCUGCUUUUCAUUUACAACAAAGAUGGACCUGAUUUUCUUGCUAUGGAACUGAAGAGUGGAAUAUUGAGCUUCCGGCUAAAUACCAACCUUACUUUCACACAAGUGGAUCUUUGGCUGGGCCUGUCCUAUUGUGAUGGAGAAUGGAAUAAAGUGACUAUUAAAAAGGAGAAUUCCGUCCUAUCGGCCAGCAUGAAUGAACUGAUGGAGCGUGUGUCAGAGCCCAGAGCCCAGCUAUUGAUGGUGAAUUCCCCUGUGUAUGUGGGAGGAGCCCCACAGAGGCUGCAGGAUUCUUAUAAACACCUGAGUUUGGAACAAGGUUUCGGUGGUUGCAUGAAGGAUGUUACAUUUGCACGGGGUACUGUCGUUAACGUGGCAUCUGUGUCCAGCAGCGCUGUCAGAGUCAAUCUGGAUGGAUGCCUAUCAACUGACAGUGCUGUUAACUGCAGGGGAAAUGACUCCAUCCUGGUGUACCAGGGAAAAGAGCGGAGUGUUUACGAGACUGGGCUCCAGCCUUUUACAGAAUACCUGUAUCGAGUGAUAGGCUCCCAUGAAGGAGGCUCUGUAUAUAGUGACUGGAGCCGGGGACGAACAACAGCAGCAGCUCCACAAAGUGUGCCAACUCCCUCAAGAGUUCACAGCAUAAACGGAUAUAGCCUCGAGGUGACCUGGGAUGAACCUGUUGUGGUUAGAGGCGUAAUAGAGAAGUACAUUCUGCGAGCCUACAGUGAGGAUGACCCCGGAGCACCCCGCAUGCCCUCUGCCAGUUCAGAGUUGGUCAAUGUCAACACCUUCACAGGUAUAUUGACAGGCUUACUACCUUUCAAAAACUAUGCAGUAACCCUAACUGCUUGCACUUUGGCUGGCUGUACUGAGAGCCCACAUGCAUUGAACAUCUCUACUCCACAAGAAGCGCCACGAGAGAUUCAGCCUCCAGUAGCCAAAUCCCUUCCCAAUUCUUUGUCACUCUCCUGGAAUCCACCCAAAAAAGCAAAUGGUAUUAUAACUCAGUACUCUUUAUAUAUGGAUGGGAUGUUAAUCUAUUCAGGCAAUGGAAAUAACUACACAGUCACAGAUUUAGCGGUGUUUACACCCCACCAGUUCAUACUCGGUGCUUGCACACAUGUGGGAUGUACAAACAGUUCUCCAGUGAUACUGUACACUUCACAGCUGCCACCAGAAUAUGUGGAUUCCCCAAUUUUGACCAUCCUGGAUUCUAGAACUGUAUACAUACAGUGGAAACAACCAAGAAAAGUAAACGGAGUUCUGGAGUGCUAUCUAUUAUAUAUUUCAAAUCACACGCCUGAAUUUGCCAUUUGGGAUGUCAUCUAUAACAGUUCAGAACUUUUCCAGGCUCACGUGCUACGAGACCUAUUCCCUGGUAACAGAUACCUUAUCAAGCUGGGAGCGUGCACGAGGGGUGGGUGCACCGUGAGUGCGGCCAGCGAGGCCCGGACUGAUGAGAGUGUCCCCAAAGGCAUGCCGGCCGCCGACGCGCACUCAUACUCACCUCACUCCUUUAACGUCUCCUGGACUGAGCCCGAAUAUCCGAAUGGCGUUAUCACAAGUUAUGGGCUCUAUCUAGAUGGUAUAUUAAUCCACAAUUCCUCAGAGCUCAGCUGCCAUGCUUCUGGACUUGCACCUUGGAGCCUACAUUCCUUCAGAGUCCAAGCAUGCACGGCCAAAGGUUGUGCUCUGGGCCCGCUGGUGGAAAAUAGAACUCUAGAAGCGCCUCCUAAAGGAACAGUAAAUGUGUUUGUCCAAACAGACGGCUCCCAGAAAGCCCAUGUGAGGUGGACAGCACCUUAUCAACCAAAUGGACAUUUAACAUACUCAGUCCUUUUUACUGGGAUUUUCUAUGCAGAUCAAGCAGAGAAGAACUACACUCUUCUGAAUGGCACACAGGUCAUGCACAGCGGUGAAGAGACCAACCUUUGGGUGCUCAUCGAUGGGCUGGUUCCUUUUAGUAACUAUACCGUCCAAGUGAAUGUUUCAAACAGCCAAGGCAGCUUGAUAAGUGAUCCUGUCACAGUUGCAAUGCCUCCAGGUGCUCCAGAUGGCGUGCUGCCUCCGAGGCUUUCAUCUGCCACUCCAACCAGUCUCCGCGUUGUCUGGUCCACACCAGCUCGGAACAAUGCCCCCGGCUCCCCUAGAUACCAGCUCCAGAUGAGGCCUGGCCCCUCCACCCAUGGAUUUUUAGAGUUAUUUUCCAGUCCUUCUGCAUCGUUAAGCUAUGAAGUGAGAGAUCUCCAACCGUACAUGGAGUAUGAGCUUCGCUUGGUUGCCUCCAAUGGAUUUGACAGUGCACAGAGUUCUUGGAUUCUAUUCAUGACCACAGAGGACAAACCUGGACCUGUGGACCCUCCGAUUCUUCUGGACAUGAAGUCAAGAACGAUGCUGGUCACCUGGCAGCAUCCUUUAAGGAGCAAUGGGGUCAUUACCCAUUACAACAUUUACCAACAUGGCCAUCUCUCCCUGAAAACUUCUGGAAACGUCACUAACUGCACUGUGAACCAUUUACAACCCUAUACGGACUAUAAGUUUCAGGUAGAGGCCUGUACUUCAAAAGGGUGUUCCCUCUCACCAGAGUCCCAGACUGUGUGGACGCUCCCAGAUGCACCAGAAGGCAUCCCAAGUCCAGAGUUGUUCUCAGAUACCCCAACAUCUGUGAUUAUAUCUUGGCAACCUCCCACUCACCCCAACGGCUUGGUGGAGAACUUCACAAUUGAGAGAAGAGCCCAAGGGAAGAAAGAAGUGACUACCCUGGUGGCUCUCCCGAGAAGUCAUUCCAUGCGGUUUAUUGACGAGACUUCUGCUCUCAGCCCGUGGACAAAGUAUGAAUAUCGGGUACUGGUGAGCAUUGUUAAUGGAGGUACAAACAGCAGUGCUUGGGGACAAGUGACCACAAGACCAUCACGACCUGUGGGGGUACAGCCACCUGUGGUGCAUGUGCUAGGACCCCGUGAAGCCAAGGUUACUUGGAAACCUCCCCUCAUCCAGAAUGGAGACCUGCUUAGCUAUGAGAUCCGCAUGCCGGACCCUCACAUCAUGAUAACCAAUGUUUCUUCCUCAGCGUUAAAUCAAGAAAUCACUAAUCUGAUUCCUUUCACAAAUUAUUCUGUCACCAUUGUGGCUUGCUCAGGGGGUAACGGAUAUCUCGGGGGAUGCACAGAGAGUUUACCUACCAAUGUUACCACCCACCCUACCCUACCUCAGGAUGUUAGCCCGUUGUCGGUGAUUUCAGUAAGUGAAUCAUAUGUUGGGAUUUCUUGGCAGCCACCAUCCAGGCCAAAUGGACACAAUUUGAGAUAUGAGCUUCUGAGACGUAAAAUCCAGCAACCACUUGAAUCAAAUCCCCCAGAAGAUUUAAAUCUGUGGUACAAUAUUUAUUCAGGAACUCAGUGGUUUUAUGAAGAUAAGGGUCUUAGCAGGUUUACAACAUAUGAGUAUAAGGUCCUUGUACACAACAGUGUGGGUUUUACACCCAGCCGAGGAGCGACUGUGACAACUUUAGCUGGUCUUCCAGAGAGAGGAGCCAAUUUCACUGCAAUUGUCCUUAACCACACGGCCAUAGACGUGAGAUGGGUGAAACCAACUUUCCAAGACCUACAAGGAGACGUUGAAUAUUACACACUUUUUUGGAGUUCUGCUACCUCAAAUGAAUCUCUAAAAAUCCUUCCAGAUGUAUACUCUCAUGUCAUUGGCCACUUAAAUGCAAACACAGAGUAUUGGAUUUCUAUCUCUGUCUUCAAUGGAGUCCACAGCAUCCACAGUGAAGAACUGCAGGCAACCACUUGUGAUGGGGAGCCUCAGGGCAUGCUUCCUCCAGAGGUUGUCAUCAUCAACAGUGCGGCUGUACGUGUCAUCUGGACAUCUCCUUCAUAUCCAAAUGGUGUCAUCACCGAAUAUUCUAUCUAUGUGAAUAAUAAGCUCUACAAGACCGGAAUGAAUGUGCCUGAGUCUUUGCUUCUGAGAGAUCUGUCUCCCUUCACAAUCUAUAACAUUCAGAUUGAAGUCUGCACAAAAUAUGCCUGUGUGAAAAGCAAUGGAACCCAAAUCACCACCGUGGAAGGUACUCCAAGUGACAUACCAACACCCACAAUUCAUGGCAUCACUUCAAGAUCCCUUCAAAUUGAUUGGAUGCCUCCAGGGAAGCCAAAUGGCAUCAUUCUCGGAUAUGAUCUUUUACGGAAAACAUGGCAUUCAUGCACUAAAACCCAGAAGUUAAUGAAGAAACACAGUGGUAUAUUCUGCAAGGCUGUGAAGUGUCAAAAACCUGAAACUAUCUGUGGCCACAGGUGCUAUUCUCCUGAAGCUAAGGUUUGCUGUAAAGGAGUUCUCUACAACCCCCAGCCUGGAUAUCAGUGUUGUGAAGAGAAGUAUUUCCCAUUUGUUUUGAAUUCAGCUGGAGUUUGCUGCGGUGGCCGAAUACGUGAGGCUCUGCCAAACCACAGCUGCUGCUCUGGGUAUUACACUAGAGUGCUGCCAGGUGAAGUAUGCUGUCCAGAUGAACAGCACAAUCGGGUUUCCACUGGCAUCGGCGAUUCCUGCUGUGGCAGAAUGCCUUACUCCACCUCAGGAAACCAGAUUUGCUGUGCUGGGAGGCUUCAUGAUGGCCAUGGCCAGCAGUGCUGUGGAGGACAGAUUGUAAGCAAAGAUUUAGAGUGCUGUGGUGGAGCAGAAGAAGGUGUCGUGUACAGCCACCUUGCAGGAAUGUUCUGUUGUGGGCAGGAUUAUGUGAAUAUGUCAGAUACCAUAUGCUGCUCAGCUUCCAGUGGAGAGUCUAAAGCACAUGUUAAAAAGAAUGACCCAGCGCCAGUAAAAUGCUGUGAGACUGAACUUAUUCCAAAGAGCCAGAAAUGCUGUAAUGGAGUUGGAUAUAAUCCUUUGAAAUAUGUUUGCUCUGACAAGAUUUCAACUGGAAUGAUGAUGAAGGAGACCAGAGAGUGUGAGACUCUCUGCCCAGCCUCUCUGGAAGCCACAGCACAUUGUGGCAGGUGUGACUUCAACUUUACCAGCCACAUUUGUACUGUGAUCAGGGGAUCCAACAAUUCCACCGAAAGGGAAUCAACUGAAGAAAUAUGCUCAUCUGCUGAACAGACCGUUCAUCCAGGAAGCUUGAACACAUUCUCCUUCACAGAUGUGGACCUAGAACCGUACAUGACGUAUGAAUACAGGAUUUCUGCACGGAAUAGCUAUGGGCGAGGUUUCAGCAAAGCUGUUAGAGCCAGUACAAAAGAAGAUGUGCCUCAAGGAGUGAGUCCUCCUAGGUGGACCAAAAUGGAUAAUGUUGAAGAUGUAAUAGUCUUAAACUGGAAUAAACCUAUACAACCAAAUGGGCCUAUUAUUUACUACAUUCUUCUCCGAAAUGGAAUUGAGUGCUUUCAGGGAACAUCACUGAGCUUCUCUGAUACAAAGGGAAUUCAACCAUUUCAGGAAUAUUCAUACCAGCUGAAAGCUUGCACAGUUGCUGGCUGUUCUGCCAGCAGUAAGGUAGUUGCAGCUACAACCCACGGAGUUCCGCAGAGCAUCCUGCCACCAAGAAUCACAGCCCCCAGUGCGGAGGCUCUGCAUUUGAGCUGGGGCGUCCCUGAGAAACCAAAUGGCGUCAUUAAAGAGUACCAGCUCCGGCAGGCUGGGAAAGGUCUCAUCUACACUGACACCACUGACAGGAGGCAACAUACGGUCACAGGUCUCCAGCCAUACACCAACUACAGCUUCACGCUUACAGCUUGUACAUCUGCUGGAUGCACUUCAAGUGAGCCUUUUCUAGGUCAGACACUGCAGGCAGCCCCUCAAGGAGUUUGGGUGACACCUCGACAUGUUAUCAUCAAUUCUACAACAGUAGAGUUAUAUUGGAAUCUGCCAGAAAAGCCCAAUGGCCUCAUUUCUCAGUAUCAAUUGAGUCGUAAUGGAAUCUUGGUUUUCCUCGGUGGCAGCGAAGAGCAGAAUUUCACUGAUAAAAACCUGGAGCCCAACAGCAGAUACAUUUAUAAGUUGGAAGCCACAACUGGAGGUGGUACCAGUCUUAGUGAUGACUACAUUGUACAAACACCUGUUCUGACGCCAGGAGAAAUCCAGCCUCCGUAUAAUAUCACAGUAACUGGUCCUUAUUCCAUAUUUGUAGCUUGGACCCCACCAGGGAUCCUCAUCCCCAUAAUGCCUGUGGAAUACAAUGUCUUACUCAAUGCUGGAAGUGUGGCACCUCUGACCUCUUCUGCUGGUCAUCAUCAAUCUAUCCUUCUGGAAAAUUUGGCUCCAUUCACACAGUAUGAGAUAAGGAUACAAGCAUGUCAAAAUGGAAGUUGUGGAGUUAGCAAUAGGAUGUUUGUCAAAACAUCUGAAGCAGCCCCAUCGGAUCUAAAUUCCCCUGUUCUUCAGGCACUGGGGCCAGCUUGCAUAGCGAUUAAAUGGAUGCCACCUAAAAAAUCAAAUGGAAUCAUCAUCAACUACUCUAUUCACAGACGUCCUGUUGGCAUGGAAGAGGAGACCCUUUUGUUUGUCUGGUCAGAAGGAGCCCUUGAAUUUACUGAUGCUGCAGACACUCUGAGGCCUUUCACGCUUUACGAGUAUCGCGUCAGAGCCCAUAAUUCCAGGGGCUCAGUGGACAGUCUGUGGACAUCAGCUCGGACCCUGGAAGCCCCACCUCAGGGUCUGCCGGCUCCCUGGGCUCAAGCCACCGGUGCUCAUUCAGUUCUGCUGAACUGGACGAAGCCAGUAUCGCCCAACGGCGUCAUCUCCCAGUACCACGUGGUCUACCAAGAGAAGCCUGAUGAUCCUACAUUUAACCUCUCUACUGUGCAUGCUUUCACAGCGAUGGGAACAAGCCAUCAAGCCCACCUGUUCGGUUUAGAACCAUUCACAAGGUAUCACAUCGGUGUUGUGGCCACAAACCGAGCAGGAGAAGUUUCAAGCCCUUGGACUCUAGUUCAGACCCCAGAAUCUUCCCCAAGUGGACUGAGCGACUUCACAGUAGAACAGAAAGAGAAAGGCCGGGCAUUGUUACUACAGUGGCCGGAGCCCGUGAGAACCAAUGGUGUGAUCAAGACAUACAGCGUCUUCAGUGACGGCGUCCGGAAGUACACAGGCUUGGGUCGCCGGUUUCUCUUCCGACGCCUGGAACCCUUCACUCUCUACACGCUGGUCCUGGAGGCCUGCACCCGGGCAGGCUGCGCACACUCAGCGCCCCAGCCUGUGCGGACGGACGAAGCCCCUCCCCACUCUCAGUUGGCCCCUACAAUCCAGUCUGUGGGGUCCACCAGCGUUGAGCUGAGCUGGUCUGAGCCUGUUAACCCAAAUGGAAAGAUAAUUCGCUAUGAAGUGAUUCGCAGAUGCUUUGGGGGAAAAGCUUGGGGGAAUCAGACAAUCCAGGCCCAUGAGAAAAUUGUUUUCACAGAAUAUAACACUGAAAGGAAUACAUUUACGUAUAACGACACAGGUUUACGGCCAUGGGCUCAGUGUGAAUACAAAGUCCACUCUUGGAAUUCAGCAGGCCAUACCUGUAGUUCCUGGAAUAGGGUAAGGACGAGGCAGGCGCCUCCAGAAGGCCUCUCUCCACCGGAGAUAGCCUGUGUGUCUAUGAAUCCGCCCAAACUGCUGAUUUCCUGGGUCCCACCAGAGGAGUCGAAUGGUGUCAUCCUGUCCUACAGGCUUCAAAGGAAUGGCACGCCCUGUCCCUUCAGCUUCGGUGCUGUCACUCUCAGCUAUACCGACGCAGCCGUGCUUCCUUACUCCGCGUACAGUUACGCGGUCACAGCCUGCACCAGCGGAGGCUGCUCCACCAGCAAGCCCGCAGACACCACAACUCCCGAGGCCCCUCCAGCGGGUGUCAGCCCCCCAGACCUUGGGGCCGUCAGUGCUACUCAAAUACAUGUAUCGUGGUCGCCACCAUCAAUUCCAAAUGGGAAGAUCACUAACUAUCUCCUUAGGUUUGAUGGGAAGGAGCACCUUGCUGGGCAGAGCCUGUCCCUGGCGGUCGCCCACCUGCAGCCUUAUACUCAGUAUAAUUUCUCCCUAGUGGCCUGCACAAGCGGAGGAUGUACAGCUAGUGCACCGACGUCCGCGUGGACGAUGGAAGCCCCUCCCCAGAACAUGGACGCCCCAAAGCUGCAAGUCACAGGCUCAGAAUCCAUAGAAAUCACCUGGGAACCUCCAAGAACUCCAAAUGGCCAGAUCACAAGUUAUGAACUUAGGAGGGACGGAACCAUGAUAUAUGCUGGCCUGAAAACUCGCUAUCGUGAUUUCACUCUCACCCCAGGUGUGGAGUACAGCUAUACGGUGACUGCCAACAACAACCAAGGGGGUGUUUUGAGUCCACCUGUCAAAGAUAGAACCAGCCCCUCAGCACCUUCAGGAAUGGAACCCCCAAGACUACAGGCCAGGGGCCCUCAGGAGAUCUUAGUGAACUGGGACUCUCCAGUGAGGACGAAUGGUGAUAUUGUCAACUAUACCCUCUUUAUCCAUGAGCUGUUUGAAAGAGAAACAAAAAUCAUGCACAUAAACACAACCCACAGUUCUUUUGGUACGCAGACAUUCACCGUGAGCCAGCUGAAACCCUUUCACAGGUAUGAAGCACGAAUUCAAGCCUGCACCUUGCUGGGAUGUGCAUCAAGUGACUGGACCACCACGCAGACCCCUGAGAUAGCACCCCUGAUGCAACCUCCUCCUCACCUAGAGGUGCAGAGGGUUCCAGGGGGAUUCCAGCCCACAGUUUCCCUUUCAUGGUCAGGACCACUUCAGCCAAAUGGAAGAGUUUUAUAUUAUGAAUUGUACAGAAGACAAAUAGCAACCCAGCCUGGAAAAUCAAGUCCAGUGCUAAUCUAUAAUGGGAGCUCAAGCUCUUUUACAGAUUUCGAACUAUUGCCUUUCACAGAGUAUGACUAUCAGGUCUGGGCAGUGAAUCCAGCAGGAAAAGCCCCCAGCAGCUGGACGCGGUGCAGAACCGGGCCCGCCCCCCCAGAAGGUCUGAGCGCCCCCAGGUUCCACGCGGUCUCCUCCACCCAAGCCGCGGUCAGCAUCAGCGCCCCUGGGAAGCCCAACGGGAUCAUCAGCCUCUAUAGGUUGUUCUCCAGCUCCAGUGGGGCCGAGACGGUGCUGUCUGAAGGCAUGGCUGCCCGGCGGACUCUGCGUGGCCUGCAGCCCUUCACUACAUACUCCAUUGGGGUAGAGGCCUGCACUUGUUUCAACUGCUGCAGCAAAGGGCCAAUGGCAGAGCUGAGAACCCCUCCUGCUCCACCCUCGGGACUGUCCUCUCCCCAGAUUCAGACCCUGACCUCGAGGACAGCCUCCUUCCAGUGGAGUCCACCCCUGUUCCCCAAUGGUGUCAUUCAGAGCUAUGAGCUCCAGCUCUCCGUGGCUUGCCCUCCUGAUUCUGCCAUUGCCUGUACUCCCAGCCACUCAGAGACAAAGUACACGGGGCCGGGGCAGAGGGCCAGCCUCGAGGGUCUCCAGCCUUACACCCGCUACGAGCUGAGAGUGAUAGCCCACAACGAGGUGGGCAGCACCGCUUCUGCGUGGAUCAGCUUCUCCACUCAAACAGAAUUACCCCAGUUCCGAGCCCCGUUUUCGGUGGAUGGCAAUUUGUCCAUGGUGUGUGUUAACUGGAGCAGCUCCUUCCUUCUGAACGGCCCCCUGAAGGAGUUCGUGGUCACUGAUGGAGGGCAGCGCAUGUACAGCGGCAUGGACACUGCCCUCUACAUACCAAGGACGGUGGACAAAACCUUUUUUUUCCAGGUCAUCUGCACUACAGAUGAAGGAAGUGUUAAGACACCUCUGAUCCAAUACGAUACCUCUACUGGAUUUGGCCUGGUGCUGACAACUCCUGGAGAAAAGAGGGGAUCUGGGAGCAAAAACACGGAGUUCUACUGCGAGUUAUGGUUCAUAGUGCUAAUGGCAAUUCUGGGCUUGAUCUUGCUGGCCAUUUUUCUGUCCCUGAUGUUACAAAGAAAAAUCCACAAAGAACCAUAUAUCAGAGAGAGACCUCCCUUAGUGCCUCUCCAGAAGCGGAUGUCUUCAUUGAGUGUCUACCCUCCAGGGGAUACCCAGAUGGGAUUAGCCGAUACCAAAAUCCCCCGGGCUGGGACUCCUGUGAGCAUUAGGAGCAGCCGGAGCAUGUCUGUGCUUCGGAUCCCGAGUCGGCGCCGAAUCAGCCAAGCCCAGUCCCACGGCUCUCUGCACCGCAGCGCCAGCCAACUCACGGGCAUUCAAGACGAGAAAGCCUCGACUGACGACUCCCUGUGGGAAACCGUCAUGGGCCAUGACAGUGGAUUGUAUGUGGAUGAAGAGGAUCUGAUGAAUGCCAUCAAGGGUUUCAACUCUGUGACCAAGGAACACACCACAUUCACCGACACCCACCUAUAGAAGGAUGGAAACUUGUAAGGCGUAAAUCUGGG